GCAGCUCAGUGGCUCCCAGGGGACACUUCCUCGUUACCUGCUCGGGUGGAGCCACGGUGAGCAGAGCUGGGAGCGGCUGGUUUCCUGUGGUGCUGGGUAACGUUUGAAUGGUGUGCGCCCUGUAACAGACGUAAAUCUGCGUGUUUCCUUUUAUUCUUUUUUUUUUACUUGCUAUGAGAGCUCUCACCACGUUUGACAGUGGAGUCAAACGGAGCUUGUGCCGAGGAGGACAUGAGGUCCGAGAAGGAGGAGGGGAAGGCCGUGUUGCUGCGUGAGGAGGUGGUCCAGCUCCAAGAGGAGGUCCACCUGCUGAGGCAGAUGAAGGACAUGUUGAGUAAGGACCUGGAGGAGACCCAGGGAGGCUGCUCAGCCAAUCUGCUCUCUGCCACCGAGCUCCGCGUGCAGCUAAGUGACAAGGAGCAGGAGCUGGACCGAUCCAAGGAGGCCUUACAAGCUAUGAAAGCUGACCGAAAGCGUCUAAAAGUGGAAAAUUCAGAUUUGGUGAGUCAGAUGCAGCAGCUGUACACAACACUGGAGAACAGAGACGAGCAGCUUCGAGAGUUCAUACGCAACUAUGACCAGCACAGAAAGGAGAGUGAGGAUGCAGUGAAAGUUCUUGCAAAGGAAAAGGACAUACUCGAACGGGAGAAGUGGGACUUGAGGAGACAAACCAAAGAAUCCACGGAGCAGGCCACCAUCCUGCGCUCUCAGAUGGACAUGAAGGAGAACAGGAUCAAAGAGCUGGAGGCUGAGCUCACCAUGGCGAAGCAGUCUCUGGCCACUCUCACAAAAGACGUACCAAAACGCCACUCUCUGAUCAUGGCGGCGGAGCCUGUGGUGAACGGCAGUCAGGAGUGGGUGAUGCAGGCCGACCUUCCGCUCACGGCCGCCAUCCGUCAGAGCCAACAGACGCUCUACCAUGGACACAUCACAGACAGACAGGCUGUGGUCAGGAUCAGCCCCUGCCACACCCGCCAGCCCUCCGUCAUCUCUGAUGCCUCUGCAGCUGAUGGGGACCGCUCGUCCACGCCGAGCGACAUCAACUCGCCUCGUCAUCGGACUCACUCCCUCUGUAACUCCAUGGAAGACCUAGAAGACCAGAAGCGUAAGAAGAAGAAGGAGAAGAUGACUCUGGGAUCUUUAUCCCGAGUGUUCACUCGAGGAAAGCAGCGCAAGUCUCUGGACCCCGGCUUGUUUGAUGGUACAGCCACCCCUGAUUAUUACAUAGAGGAGGAUGCCGACUGGUGAAACUGUGUGCGUGCGUGUGUGCGUGCAUGUGUGUUUUGUUGUAUAUCCACCUUACUUAAACGUGUGUAAGAAACCAUUGUUUAUAGAGAAGGUAGAUUUUACUGAAAAUAAAAGGACUGCUAUCCCCAUAAAUGUACAUUAUGCCACUCAUAUA